UUUUUCCAAAUUUCCCCCAGAGCUCUCUCUCUCUCUCUCUCUUCCAAUUUUCCGACGCUGGCGUUGGCUUCGUUUUCGGCCCCGGCCCCCACCCCCACCGCCACUAUCAUCUUUCUCCUUUUCCAUUCACGACCAUCGCCACCAACUAUCGCGCUGCCGUGCCAUUAUCACCGGCCAUCGAUCUGCUCGCCACACCGAAGAUCGUAGCCUUUGAUUUCUGUGUUUUCUCCCCGACGCCAGCCACCGCCAUCCAAUCUCUCCAGGUUCCGACUGCUACUAUCGUCAUUCCGUUUCUCCGUCUACCUCUCUGUUCUGGCCUUGACACCACAGCACUGUUGCCUCUGUCUUCCCGUAAUCUUAGAUCUCAAAUUUGACCUCUCUCUCGUGUCACGUCCAGCGUCAUCGCUGGUAGCAUUUUAAACCACCGCCACUGCUAUUCCAGAUAGCCACCGCCACCACCUGUUUUCGGUGGCUUUCGAUUCCACUAUCCAUUGCCAUACCAACACCGCCAUAAUCUCCGGCCUCUACUGUCUCUGCCUACUUCGGUCUGCUCUCUUUCUUCCCCUGAUCUGCCUCUCCGUCUUCUCCGCCACCGCGAGGUCACCGAUCUGCCUCCUCCGUUCCGCGAUGCUACUUGCCACCGCCGUCCGCCUCCCUCUCCAGCCGGCGUGCCGCUGCCGCUACCACCUGUUAGCAAGAAACCCUAAUGGACUAGGGGUUGGGUUGUUUGGCUGCAGAUCCAUCCUUUGGGACUCUUUAAGACCAAUUUUGAUGAUGGAGACUUGAGGAAGUGGCUAAAACGAAAGAAGUCUAAUAUGCAAAUAGUAGCAAAAGCUCUAUGCUGCAAUACGAAGAAGCUCUUCUCCACCCUUACCCAUUCCAAUCUUGUUUCCCAUUAUUUCUCACUUCUACAUUCUUCUCCAAACCCAAUCUACCUUCGCCAUCUUCAUGCUCGUCUCCUUCGUGCCUUCUAUCUUUAUGACAACGUAAUCCUUAGUUCCAAGCUAGUUUUAAUGUAUUCCCACCACAAGAAGCUCUACCCAGAAGCUUUCUCUGUCUUUUUUCACAUGCCUCACCGAAACAUCUACUCUUGGAACAUCAUAAUUGGGGAGUUUUCACGAUCCAGCUUGCCUGAGAAGUCGAUAGACUUGUUUCUUCAAAUGCGCAACAUCACCAAUUGUGAGGUUCAACCUGAUGUUUUCACUCUACCACUUGUUUUGAGGGCGUGUGCCGGUGCUGGGAUGGUAAAUUUGGGCAUUUUAGUGCAUGGGUUUUGCAUCAAGACAGGAAUGGAUAUGAGCUUGUUUGUUGCUUCUGCUCUAGUUUUCAUGUAUGUGACAUUUGGGAAGAUUUUGGAUGCACGGGUGGUGUUUGAUGAAAUGCCUCAAAGAGAUGCUGUGUUGUGGACUGCAAUGUUAGCUGGGUAUGCUCAACGGGAGGAGCCCAUGUUGGCAUUAUCUGUGUUUAGAGAAAUGAUGAUUGCUCAAGGGGUUGAAGAGCUUGAUGGAGCAGUUAUGGUGAGCUUGCUUUUAGUCUGUGCCCAAUUAGGUUGGUUGAAGCAAGGGAAGAGUGUACAUGGAUGGUGCAUAAGGAGGUGUUUAGGCUUAGGGUUGUGUUUGGGCAAUGCCUUGAUUGACAUGUAUGUAAAAUGCGCCGCAUUAUGUCAUGGGCACAAAGUGUUUGACAAAAUGCCUGAGAAAGAUGUCAUUUCGUGGAGUUCUUUGAUUUUGGGAUAUGGGUUGGGUGGCUAUGUAGACGUUGCUAUUGAGCUAUUUGAUAAGAUGCAGAAGCAGCAUGUCAAGCCCAAUGGCAUAACUUUUCUUGGUGUUUUGUCUGCUUGUACCCACGGUGGACUAGUAAAAAAUGCACAAUCCAUUUUUAGAAUGAUGAAGGAUUAUGGUGUGGUAGCUGAGCUGAAGCACUAUGCUUGUAUGGUCGAUUGCUUGAGUCGAGCAGGCCUACUCACUGAGGCAGAAAGGCUUAUCGAAGAAAUGCCUAGUCAACCUGAUGCGGCUGUCCUCGGCGCACUGUUAGGGGGUUGUCGAGUUCACGGUAAUCUUGAGAUGGGGGUACGAAUUGCAAAGAGACUCGUUGGGUUGGAACCAGAGACGAUCGGAUAUUAUGUGCUUUUAGCCAAUAUCUAUGCCGAUGCAGGUAGAUAUCAUGAUGCUGAGAGAAUAUGGGAAAUUACCAAACAUAAGAACAUCUUUAAAUUGCCUGGAUGUAGUAUGAUAGAAUCAAGGACUUGAUUCUAUUCACCAUUUAUAUUUAGUUUAAUAAUUUUUUUUACUAUUUCAUGUCUUUAAAAGCAAUAGAUUUUGUGCAAUUAACAUUCAAUUUAAAGUAACAUUUAACAUUCAUCCA